AUGCCUCUCUACGAGGUGGAACACAUUGCGCCGUUGACGAGAAGCCAGAAGGACGAGCUAGCAGCCGCGAUCACGGACAUCCACAGCAAAAAGUUCACCACGCCACGGCUAUUUGUGAACAUCAAGUUCACCGACGCCUGGAAGCAGGACACAUACGUUGCCGGCAACGCUCGCCCAAACAACCGCAUUAGAGCGCAGGUGCGCCGUGGCCCUACGCGCAUGCAGGACGACUUCAACGCGCUGGCGGCCGACCUGGUGGCGGCGUGGGCGCGGAUCGUGCACCCUUCGCACAGGGACACCAGCAGGCCGCCACUAGAGCCAGAGCUGGAACUGCACGGUGUCUGGAUUACGGGCGAGAUCAUCUCGUCAUGGGAGACGGGGUUCCUUGUGCCUCCGGCCGGCAAGGACGUCGAAUGGGCACGGGAGAACAUGGCGGCCUUCAAGAAGCGAGCGGCUGAUGGGGAGCAGGAAUUCAAGGAUUUGGUGCGCGAAUUGGAAAGCAGACCGGAGUUUCAAGUCUAG